AUGGCCGAGAAUGCAGCCAAGGUGGAGCAGUUCCUCCUGCUGGCUAAGAGCGCCAAGGGCCUGGCGCUGGUGGACCUGAUCACCAAGUGCACUUCAGAGCCAGGGCUGUUCACCUUUGGGGAGAUUCUGAGCCUGCCUGGGGUGCAGGAGCUGGAAGGGGGCCAGCAUGAGGCAGCAUACGACUUGCUACAGCUGUUCGCAUAUGGCACGUGGCAAGACUAUAGAGCCGCACCCGCCGGCAAGUACCCAGCGCUGUCCGAGGCGCAGGCGCGCAAGCUCAAGCUGCUCAGCGUGGUCAGCUCGGCCGACGGCGUGCGCACGCUGGCCUACCAGGACCUGCUGGUGCGGCUGGAGCUGGGCAGCGUGCGGGCGCUGGAGGACCUGCUCAUCGCAGACUGCCUGUACGGCGGCCUGCUGCGCGGCAAGCUGGACCAGCGCAACAAGUGCCUGCACGUGGAGGACGCCUUCUGCCGAGACGUGCCGCCCGACCAGCUGGCGGGGGUGGCCGGGGCGCUGGACGAAUGGCUGGGCGCCGCCAACGGCGUGCUGGCCGGCAUCGAGCAGCGCAUCGACUGGACGCUCGACGCCACGGCGGCGGCGGAGCAGGCCAGGAGCGAGGCGGAGAAGGCGUUGGAGCGGGAGCGGAAGAGCAUCCGCACCACCAUCGAGCUGCAGGCGCAAGCGGACAGCAGCGGCAUGCUGAUGGAUGAGCAGGAGGGGUUUAGCCUGGCCGACCUGGGAGACGCGCAGGAUGCGCGGCCCGGCCCAGCUGCUGGCAGGCACACCAAGCGGCGAAGGUGA